AUGAGAAGCUCUGUUUGUGAUCAAUACCUCCGCCAAACUUUGAACAACAUUACUCCCGAAGUCAUUGACUACGACAUUGCAGUGGCAUAUUUCCUAGAAGAAACCAAUCAUCUUCCUAUUGGCUGCAUUCCUCAAUCAGUCGACAAGAUACUAGAAGAUUUCGAUACCCUCCCAUCAAUCACUGGUAGACAGAACGAUCUCAAAGAAUGUGCCUUACACAUUAAAUCUACCAUCACUCUCUAUCAUUCAAAACCUGGUCCGAUCCAACCUUUUGGUCUUAGGUACCCCACACUCAACGCUUUGGAGAAGCUUGUCUCAGAACGGUCCAAGUGUCUGCGCCUACUUCCCUCCGAUAAAGCAAUUGUCCUUGUUGAUCUAGCCGGUCGAAUGCUUGCCAUGAAUCUACCACCUAAAUCCACCAAUCCAGCAACCGAAAGCAGUGACAGCGACGGUGUCCAUAUGUCCAGUGAGAAACGUGCUUUGAUGGCACUCGAAGGCGCUGCUCAAGUAAAUGCACUCCCUCGUGUUCACAUUGACGACGUUACGCAAGAGGCAUACAACGCGCCCUCCGGUGAUUUCAUUCAACCCCGCUUUUCUAGAGCAAAGAACAAACCUGUGCAAAUCCCAGGUGCUACCUUUGCUAGGGCCGACACUAAGAUGCAGAUGGGCUUGGAACGUCAAGGAUACACUUUGGACGACAUUGGAGAGGGACCUAAGUCCGAUCAGCACUUGCCUCAGAUCAUUGGCCUUGGGGAAGGUUGUGUAUUUCAAAGAAUCGAGAAUGCUCACAUUCUCCCCGAACUCCUCUGGCCCUACAAAGUUUCAAGAGCUCUCAAUGCCUCAGUCAAUCCCGAUACUUACUCAGCAGCCAAGAGAGUCACAAGGUUCAUUGAAAACAACUCCAGUGCGCUGCUUUCCGAGCGUAUCAAGGGUUUGCACAAUGAUGUAAUUCAAGGACAACAGAUCAACUACAACCUUCAAAUUGGAACUCAUCGAGAUAUCAAGAAUUCCAACCUGCUUGAUUCUGUGUUCUUUUAUGGACGUAACUAUACUGGCGGCCGCCUGGAUUUUGGCUCACUAGGAGUCAGUCUCUGCGCUGAUCCCGGGUAUUCUAUUCAUGCAAGGUUCAAACUGUUUGACCAUGGAGUCAGCCCUAUUUUACCAGGUGCCGAUAUCAACCUCCCGCCACUUCGGAUUUCCCUUGCACUCUACGCUCACGCUGAUACCUACUCUGGUCCAGCGAGAGUCUCUGCAGCUCGCAGAAAUAACAUAAAUAAUGCUCUUUUCAGCGAUUCUGCAAUGUGGCUUCCUUUUCCGCCGUCCAACUUUUCUAUCAACACUUGUCGUAAGAUCUUGCGAAAGGAAGAAGAGUCAUGGAAGAAGAAGGGUUGA